AUUUUAUUUUAAUUGAGAUUUACCUUACUUUUACUUUAAAACUUAAGUUACUGCUUUGAUUUGCAACCUCUACCUCGCUGUCAGUGAGCAUACGGUAAACAGUCUUUCAUUCAACAACAGGAAGCUGCUCGUUUGUGGUGAUGCCAUUUAAAAUUGUGCAGACAUUCGUGGACGGCGACCAGUGCCUCAGUGUCGUACCAUCCGGCUGGGAGUGUGAUGGAAUUCUCUACUGGCCAAACACCGCCAACAACGCCAAACUGAUUCGAAAUCAAUAUUCCAUACCGACGAUCAAAUGGUAGCAAAUUCCAUGCACUAAGAAGCGUGAAUUUCAAACAAAAGCUGAAGCAGAUGUCGAGCUUGCAAAAAUGGAAGCUUAUUCGGACACAGAAACGGAGGAGUACAUAAACAAUUCCUCUUCGCUUACUAUGAAGGAGCCUCGACGGCAGAUCACACCGAUUAAUGUUGACCAAAAAUGUAUCCGUAAGGAUUUUAAUCAGUUCGUUCCUUCCGAUUCUGCACUGCAAAACGCAUUUCUGCAGCCAAAUUUAGUCAAUCAGAAUCAAGAUGAAUCGCGAAAGCAAACGGAAUCAUUACUGACUGAUGAUGUUUUCGAGAAUGUAGUGUAUGCGAACCAAGAUUCCAAUGACGGAACAAUCGUAAUCCAAUCGAUCAGUCAGCCAUCACCAAACGACACUGGUGCCAAUCAAGCUGUCAUCAUUGAAAGUUUGGCGAAUAUCGUCGUCAGCCUUGCCCAGGUGAAAACUGGUUUGGAUUUUCUUAACACCAAAGUGGAGAAAAUUGAAUCUCUUUUAGAGUUUCGAGACAACGUUUCGCUUAUUACUACUGACGAAAAUUUCAAGCCAGUGGAUUCAAAAGAAACGCUGGAUGCUUUAGAAGCGAGCUUGGAUAACGAAAAAGUAAUGGCUAACUAUAUUAAAAAUAUGACUUACAUCUGUGGUUCAACUGGCAAGGAAAAUGGCCUCGAUUGAUGCUAUCUUUUAAUCGACCUGGUAAUGACACGGCAAUUUUUGACGCAGUGCUCUUGGACGGGAAUGUCCAGAGAUCAUACACCAUCGGAACAUACCGGAUCAGCGGAGUCUCAAAUGAAAGUUCCUUUUAUGGUUUACACUAAAGUGCGUAAACUGUUUCUAAGGCUCAUCUUGCAAGCUGACAGCGCGUUUACUUCAGUUAUG